AUGGUGUCUGCGCCAAUAGUACAAGCUCCGAACUGGGAUCACCCAUUUGAGAUUAUGUGUGAUGCAUCUGACUAUGCAGUAGGAGCAGUGCUUGGCCAAAAGAUAGACAAGAAACUCAAUGUCAUCUACUAUGCAAGCAAGACUAUGGAUGAUGCUCAGUGCAAGUAUGCAACCACAGAGAAGGAACUCCUUGCCAUAGUCUUUGCUUUUGAGAAGUUUCGAAGCUAUAUAGUUGGAUCCAAGGUGAUUGUGCACACUGACCAUGCUGCCCUUAGACACAUCUUCGCUAAGAAAGAUACAAAGCCAAGACUUCUCAGAUGGAUCCUUUUGCUUCAAGAGUUUGAUAUAGAAGUUGUGGACAAAAAGGGAGUAGAAAAUGGAGUUGCUGAUCAUCUCUCUAGGAUGCGAGUUGAAGACAUGAUCCCCAUCAAUGAUUCUAUGCCUGAAGAACAGCUUAUGGCAAUCAUGAUCUUAAAGGAGAGUUUUGAUGAGAAAGUCAGGCUGGAAGAAGUUAAGGCUCUGCGUGAUGAGAAUUUGCCAUGGUAUGCUGAUAUAGUGAACUUCAUGGUGUCCGGAGAAGUCCCUAGUAGCUUUGAUGCUUACAAGAGGAAGAAAUUCUUCAAGGAUGCUAGGCAUUACUAUUGGGAUGAGCCCUACUGUACAAGAGAGGACCAGACAGCAUUUACAGGAGAUGCAUUGCUGAAGAGGAUGUGCAAGGAGUUCUAG